GGUACUAAUCUGGUGGUUAACAAUAUACUGCUAUAGAGAUAACCAAGUCCAGACAGCAAAAUUAAUGGUAGAUUCCUGACAGUGAAUGAUUGGUCGAUGCGUCGGACGGAUGCAACGUAUGUUUUGAGGCUUCUCAAAAGUGGGAAAUCAAAUACGAACUGAUAGAUAUUUGUGACACUAUCAUUUCCUGGUUACAUCGUGAUCUUCAAGAUGACUUUCAAGAUCCAUCUUCCUCUCAAUGCCAUUGAUACCAUCAAUCAACCUCCUCUCUAUUACCUCCAAGUCCAAGAUACUCUCAUACUUUCGACGGGGCUCUUUUGGACCUUUACAUAUCUUCUAUACAUUCGACAAGCGUAUCGAGAUGAAUCUUAUGGAAUGCCUAUUAUUGCACUCUGUGCAAACAUAGGGUGGGAGAUAGUCUACGGCUUCCGCCUUCCAUUCACCCUGACGCAAAUCCUAGUUUUUGUUCCCAGGCUUAUCAUCGAUGCCUUUCUUGUGUAUACUACCAUGAAAUUUGGGCCAACCCAGUGGAAUCAUGCUCCCAUGAUAUCUCAAAAUCUGAAGACGAUUCUUGGGGGAGGGAUUGGAAUGAUGGUAGUUCUGCAUUGGGCAUUUGCGGAAACUUACGGCGACGAUAUGGAUGCAAUGUUCUGGUCGGCGUUUGUUCUCCAGAUGUUCCUUGGGAUUUCCUCAGUUGCACAGUUGAUGGAGAGAGGUCAUACAAGUGGUCAUUCUAUUGAGAUUUGGUUUUGUCGUUUCAUUGGCUCAGCAUCUGCAAUUUUGACGUAUUGCUGGAGAUAUCUCCACUAUCCGAAGGACUACACGGUGGUAGGCACACCUUUAACAACAUUUCUUUUUGUGGCGGCUGAAUUGGCCGAUUUAUAUUAUCCUAUCGUGUUCAAACACCUGCGAAAAAGAAAUGAUAAGAGCAAGGUGUUGUAG